CCCAUAUCUCUCUCUCUCUCUCUCUCUCUCUCUCUCUCUCUCUCUCUCUCUCUCUCUCUCUCUCUCUCUCUCUCUCUCUCUCUCUCUCUCUCUCUCUCUCUCUCUCUCUCUCUCUCUCUCUCUCUCUCCAGCUGUUUGAUUUUCACUUUCUGGUAGCUGGCUGCCACUGGCCAUCUCUCUCUCCAGCCCGGUCUCCAUGUGGCUCUGGCAGUAACCUCCUCCAGUUAUCUCUGGCUCAUUUCCCUCGCUGUCUCUCUCCGGUCCCGGGCUCAGGCUCUUCCAGGCUCUCUCUCUCCUGGUGGUUGGGGCGAGACAUGCGGCGUCACCAUGGGUUUGAUGGAAUUUUACCUGGAGAUUGACCCCGUCACCCUGAACCUGAUCAUCCUGAUCGCCAGCUACGUCAUCCUGCUGCUCGUCUUCCUCAUCUCCUGCAUCCUGUACGACUGCAGGGGGAAGGACCCCAGCAAGGAGUACGCCCCCGAGCCCCCGGCGCCCCCCAGCCAGUCCCCCAUACGCCUGGUGGUCAUGCAGAACUCCCCGGCCUCCCCCCGCUGCGACCAGAACAACGCCGCCAGACACCUGGAGGGCCCUGCCCCCCCCACCCCGGACCCGGGGAGGGAGAAGAGGAGCACCCUGGUCUGAGGAUGGGCAGAGAGGGAUGGGGGGUGGAGGAGAGGAGAGGGAGAUCUGGGAAGGAGGAGGGAGAUCUGGACAUUUGUUUGAUGGAUUUGAAGUCCUGUGUGGACAUACGGCCCCAAAUGCUGCAUUUCUGAUUUUUACAGUUUAGUUUGAUAGGUUUUUACAGUUUGUAUUAUUUCAUGACAGAGGACAAUGUUGAAAAGCUCCUCUGCAGUCCGAUGGCAGGAUUACAGAUUGCAGCAGCUUCACGGUGGCCCGGCUCCAGAUCUGAUGGGGUUUACUGUUCCCCUCGUUGCUUACAGCUGUGAGGAGGAACGUGCCAGAGGAGCUGGCCAGGCUGCCCACUGACCAGGCCAGACCAGACCAUGCUAGAGCACCCCCGGCCACAACUCACCAAAUUCGAUCCCAAACUAAUGGCUUUGACACCUAAAGGUCACAUUGGACCAUGGGACAGGGUGAGGCAGUGUCCUGAAUGGAUGAUGACACCCAUUGGAAGACAGAUCUUCAGGCCAGAGCCAGAUCAGCGCAGGACAGAUGAAGUCCUGUCUAGCCUCGCUGAGACACCCCUCUAGACAUGGAGCUCAUUUGGACUUUGACGUUCUUCAAGUAAGGUGGACAAGGAACAGAUGUAAUUAAAGAAGUACAGUACCCACAAUCCCACUCACUGUCACUGGAGAAAGACACUACUACUAUUUCCAACAUCAACUGUGAUUAAAGGUCUUUCACUGUCCAUUGAACAUCAGAACUCUAAAGAUGGAAUGUCAAAUAUUGUUGUGCAACAUUAGAAUUAGAAGUUUUCAUAAAAUAAAAUAAUCCUGACAUGAAUAUGAUUCAUACAUAUAAUUCCUUCCACAGCUGUGAAAUAUUAUAAUUUAUGAUGUGUUAUUGACAUGAUGUGGAAACUUUGAUACUAAAUAUCUCAAUAGCUAUACCAAGCAGCCUUCUGAUUCUAAGAUCUUGAAAAGGUGAUCUAUACAGUCCAUCUAAGGAGAAGACCUCUCCUGUGGUCCCUGUGUAGGGUAUCCCUAAAAAAAAACAUUCAAGAACCCAUCUUGGUCCCACUAAAUAAAAGGAUCUAACCAAAAACAGUUCUCGCAUGGUUUUUCAAAGAGUCAAAGAAUCCUUUUUUUCUACAGUCUCCCUGCCACCAGCGUCUCUGGAGAACACUGUAUUUUCUGGAGAUGGCUCUCAUCUGUGGAGAAUCGUGCCUCUGAGUCCAUGCCCUAAUCCUCUUAAAUAAAAACAUGGGCCAGCUCAGCGCCCAACCAAUGACCAACAGUGCAGACUCCUUUGCGAUAUGAAUAGUACAGAUAUUUCCAUAUAUUUCAUGUUUGGGGGAUUAUAAGAUAGUGCCACAGUGUAUCGUGGGGUUGUAUUAUGCAUCCUGCUGCUGACGCUGGCUCUACAGUUAUGUAAAUAGGAACUGGUAGAGAGAUAGUGUGUUGUCCCGCUCUGGUUUGACAUGGACGCUGUAAUAAGUACAUCCGUCUAUCAGCUUGGGGGGUUCUGCAUGGCACACCACCCAGAGACAGAGAGACUGGAUACACAGAAACCCUU